CACACACACACACACACACACACACACACACACACACACAUCUCACCCAGCUAGCUGUAACCGGCUAGCGGGGCUGUUGUCGAGUUGACACCCUCCCCAAACCUCGGCAGCAGCUAAGCUGCACAGUCGACAUGGCAAGAAAAUAUCGCAACAAUUACCUACAGAAAGAUGAAAAUCUUCCAAGUCUUUUGGAAUGAUAUUCAUCAUGCGAUGUGAUCCAAAAUCCACAAUGUGUGAGAAAAUUUAAGAACGAUUGAGUUCGGAAGAAAAUUUUUUGAUUCCAGUGGAAUCUUCCAUAUAUAUAUAUAUUAAUAUUAUUAUUAUUAUUAGUUUUUUUUUUUUUCUGUGUUAAAUCUUACAUACAUUUACACACACUCGUCCCACCAACAUAUAACCAUGCCAGUGCAAGCACCACAAUGGACGGAGUUCCUGCUGUGCCCGAUCUGCACACAGACAUUUGAAGAGACUGUUCGGCGGCCCAUCAGCUUGGGCUGUGGACACACCGUCUGCAAGAUGUGCCUGAACAAGUUACACCGAAAGGCCUGUCCCUUUGACCAGACGGCCAUCAGCACGGACAUCGAACAGCUACCUGUCAAUACAGCCCUGUUGCAGCUGGUGGGAGGCCAGGUUCCAAAGGCUCAGCCAGUCGCCUUGAUUACCAGUCCAGAGGACUCACAGCAUUAUGAGGAGGCCAGACAGUGUGUGGAGGAGCUGGCUCUCUACCUCAAACCUCUCAGCAACACCAGAGGUGUGGGUCUUAGCAGCACAGCGCAGAGCAUGCUGAGUCGACCCAUGCAGAGGAAACUGGUAACUCUGGUCCACUGCCAGCUGGUGGAGGAGGAGGGCCGUGUGAGAGCCAUGAGAGCAGCCCGCUCACUGGGUGAGCGAACUGUCACAGAGCUCAUCUUGCAGCACCAGAAUCCACAGCAGCUCUCAUCCAAUCUUUGGGCUGCUGUGCGUGCUCGUGGAUGUCAGUUUCUGGGACCAGCCAUGCAGGAGGAAGCUCUAAAGUUGGUCCUUCUUGCUUUAGAGGAUGGCUCUGCUCUGUCCAGGAAGGUGUUGGUUCUCUUCGUAGUCCAAAGGCUUGAGCCACGCUUCCCACAGGCCUCUAAGACCAGUAUAGGCCACGUGGUGCAGCUCCUCUACAGGGCCUCCUGCUUCAAGGUGACCAAACGUGAUGAAGAUUCAUCCUUGAUGCAGUUAAAAGAAGAAUUCCGUACUUAUGAGGCCCUUCGACGUGAGCAUGACUCUCAGAUUGUUCAGAUAGCCAUGGAGGGUGGGCUGCGCAUUGCACCUGACCAGUGGUCCUCUCUGUUAUAUGGAGAUCAGUCUCACAAGUCACACAUGCAGUCAAUCAUUGAUAAGCUGCAGACCCCUGCAUCCUUUGCUCAGAGUGUUCAGGAGCUGACGAUUGCACUGCAGAGGACUGGAGACCCAGCCAACCUUAACAGGCUGCGGCCCCACCUGGAGCUACUGGCCAACAUUGAUCCUAGUCCUGAUGCCCCCCCUCCAACAUGGGAGCAGCUUGAGAAAGGGUUGGUUGCAGUGAAAACAGUGGUGCAUGGCCUGGUGGACUUCAUCCAGAACCACAGCAAGAAAGGAGCGGACCCUCAGCAGCCUCCUCAGCACAGCAAGUACAAGACUUACAUGUGUCGUGACAUGAAGCAGAAGGGUGGCUGUCCUCGGGGAGCCAGCUGCACCUUUGCUCACUCUCAGGAAGAGCUAGAGAAGUACCGUAAGAUGAAUAAACGUUUGGCAGCUCGCCUCCCUGGCUCAGGAGGGCUCAUGCCAGAUGAUGGCCUUCCUCUUGAUGUAGCAGUGACACGGAAGCCUUCGCCCCUCACUAAUGGCAGCGGUGCACCCUCUAUGCCCCAGCUCAUUUCUCGUAGCACUGACACAGUCCCAUACGAGCUGCUGCGUAAACCCAUGAAGAUGGAUGGAGGAAGCCCCAGUGCCCCUGGAUCACCACCUGAACCCAUGGAUUCUGUGGCCAAAAUGCCUCUGCCACCUCAUGCCAUGGUCCACCAAAGGAUGCCAGCUGACCCCCUCUCUGGGGUGAAGCACAUGCCUGUAUCAGCCAGAGGUCUGCCAGUUUACCCAUCGCAACAGCUCCCUGAAAUGUGCUAUGACUCUCGCCCACCACCGUCUGCUUCUCAGUAUGAGCCUGCACAAUAUGCCACAGGAUACCCAUACCAACAGUAUGUUCCGCGGGAUUACAUUCGUAACCCUCCUCCACCCAGUGAGUCAGGACCCCCUUAUCCGGAUCCCUAUCCUAGCUAUUGCCCCUCAGAGCGACCCUACCAGGCCCCUCACUCUGGUCCACCCUUCUCCUACCCUCACCCUCCUCACCAUGACCGAGGUCGCCAUGGGACCUACCCUGGCCCACCACCUCCCCCGCAGCCUUACCCAUCUCAAAGGGAUGGCCUGGUCCGAAUGAGUCCUGCUCCUCUGGAUGUUCCACCUCCAUCAGCGGGACAGGCCAACUCACUCUACCACCAGGAGCCCAGUGGCCGAGACAGAUACCCCCCAGACGGCUACUAUCCACCAGGAACCCAGCCUGCUCCCAUGAGGGCCUACGUCAGGGGGCCAUCAUAUAGUGGUUCACAGCCCAGCCUAGACUACCUGCACAGGCGUAGGCAAGAGCUGUUAUCUCAGCUAGAGGAAAGGAAGGUCAUCUCCCCUCCGCCAUUUGCUGCCUCUCCAACUCUUUCUCGUCCUUUCGCCAGUGACUACACUCCAGAUUAUGGCGAGGAGAGCUCUAAAAACAUGAUGAAAUGCAGGGAGCCUGACUAUGCAGGGCAGUACUCUCCCUGGUCCUGCGAAACCAUUGGCUCCUACAUUGGCACAAAGGACCCCAAACCCAAAGACGUCAUGGGUUCUGUGGAGAUGAUGAAUGUGGAGGCAAAGACUCUGAGGGAACCAUCGCUGGAGGCUCCUCGGAGGGGCACGGAAGUCAAGGAUGAUGACCCUAUUAUCCCUUUUGGCCCCCAGCCCACAGUGUCACGCUUUGGUGCCAUCUCCCGCACCUCAAAGACAGGCUACCAGACCAACGUCCCUAUGGUCUCCCCUCCCCAGAACCCAAACACUAAACAUAUGGCCAUGCCAGCAGAUUACUCAUAUGGAAGCCAAGGAGGAUGGGGUGGAACUUCAUAUCCCCCCCGCCAAGCUGCCUCCCCCUCUCAGGGACAUUUCAGUGAGCGCCUACCUAUGACAGCCACAGACAGAGAUCAGUUAAAGAUUGAGCUGCAGCAGGUCACCCAGCAGAUCAACCAACAAACCCAGAUGAGAAGCAUAGAGGCUGCCAAUAACCCUUUAUUGCUGCAGAGGGAGGCCAGUGCAUUGGCAGGCCAGCCUGUGCAGCCCAGCCAGGGCCAGGCAGUAGCAGCCUCACAGCAGCAACAGCCUAAGUGGCCAGCAGGGGGAGCAAGUACAACAUCUGUCUCCAGUGAACAGCUAAGCAUGGAGCUCCACCAUGUGGAGAGAGAGAUUGGCAAAAGGACCCGAGAGAUGGCACUGGAAAACCAAGUGGCCCAUGAAGUUCAGCAGUACAAGAUGAAACCUGCAGAGAAUGGACAACCUGAGCACAAGGCUCAGCUAGAAGAAAUCUCCCUGGCUCUGGGGGAGGUGUCUAACGGCUCUAGCAGUCUGCAAGAAAGUGCAGUAGGCGGGUCCAUGCUGUCACUGACCAACAAGACGUCUGCGCUGAGCCUGUGCUCUGAUCCAGGUGCCACUGGUUCAGAGAUGCAGAAGAAUGGCGUUGUCCAUUCCUGCUCCUAAGCAGUACACAUACAUACAUACACACACACACACUUACACACAAACACACACACACACACACAGACAAGCACACACUUACACGCACACACUUACACGCACACACUUACACGCACACAUACACUCAAGAUGCUCAUUUUAAAAGCAUGCACAGGCACACAUACACCCAUUCUAUUUAGAAGAUGAGCAGUAUCUGCCGUGAUAUGAAUUUUCUUUCUUUUUGUUCUGUGAAUGAGCUUUUUUUAAUGACUUUCCUUGCCUGGAAACCAGGGCAUAUGAUAACAUUUCUCGUGUGUUAAUUUUUUUUUCUUUUUUUCUUUUUUUUUGCACUGGGAUUAUUGAUAUACAAGGCUCACAAUAGAUACAUCAGGAAGAGGAAAUGGUGGUGAUGGUGAUAGGGGUAUUGUCAUUUCAUUAAACGAGGAUAGAUCUAUAACAUCCCAAACUAACACAAACACACUUACAGGAUAUCUUAUUGAUCCUCCCCAUAUAAUAAUAAUUUUGGUCCUGUUGGAGCAGCAUACAUAAAUGAACGGUUAAACACUGAGGAGCACAUUAAGAAGCACCAUCACAUCACAUGCACUCUGAUGAACUUUUUUUGUUGCAAUCUGAUAAUCUAGGGAGGAAUUGUAAACGCCAGAAGUGCUGUCACUUGGUACUCACCCCCAGAAUCGUAGAAAGUGGUCGCCCGGAUCUAGAUGAUCUGAGGAGGGAAAAAAGCAGCGAAAUAUUCUUCAAGUAUUCAGCUUAGAUGGAGACGUGAGAUGUUUUAGAAAUCACUUUUGCACCAUAUGCACGUGCUCACUUGCCACGAGAAGUCUGAUUUUAUUAGUGCAUUUUAUGAACUCAUCAUAUGUCUGUUUCGUACUUGAAAGCAGUAUAUUAUAUAUUUAAUUGAAGCAUUCUGUUUUAAAGAUUGCCAACGAGUCUUUUGAUAAUGAGCUUUCCACAUGUUUUCUAUAAGGGAAUCUACUUAAUACGGUGCUUCUCUUGGCUGUGGUGUGACCUGACGUGGUUUGGUUGCAAUGCCUUUCACCCGUGUACACUGCUGGGCUUCAUUCAGUCCGAGUUUGUUGCAAAAGCUCAAAAAUAGUCAUAUAGGUUUUUUUGGGAGGGAUGGAUGCACAUUUUCAAAGCUGAGAGAGUACAUCUUUCGGCCUCAGGUGCAAGGUAACUCGAUAAACUUUGUAAUAUCAGGGUAACACAAGGAUUUCCCUCCUCAGAGCUUCUUAUCUGGCCACACAAAAGGCCUCCCCAUUGGGAUUAUCUUGUCAUUUGUUCUCCUAACUUCUAUGAAGUUGCCUUCCCUUUGUGAUUUUUUAUUUUGUUUCAUUUUUCAUGCUUUACGUUGUUACGAUUCUGGGGGCGUGGCUUACCGAGUGAAGGCCUAAUAGAGUGAAGUGUAAUUUGUUUCUCUCUGUUAUUAAAUGGUUGACUUCAUUUGCGACUGAAGAUAGGUGACUGUUGUAGUGUUUUUAGCUACACAGUGCUUUUAGAACAUUAUGUUCACAGCUGAGGAUAUCAAGUGUUGGUAACUGACGGCUUGAAAAAAACACACCUUUAGAUUUAGCUGUACUCGCAGAUUUGAAUGGAUCCACACAUCAACAAUAUCACACACUUGUUUUCAUACCUUGUUGUCAUCAGCACCACCAUCACCACUAGCAUUGCUCUUUCUCCCUCAUGUAAAUUGUUUACUGCUGACGCUCAACCUGGAGCUUUUUGCCUUUUGUAAACAAUUAGCAUGAUGGUCCACAGUUUUACAGCUCUGCUCGGAGCAAGUGAGUCCCUGUGUUAAAACGGUUAAUGGAUAGAGGUGACGCUCUGCUUUUUAGUUUGAACAUUGAUCCUCUAUGUAAGUCAGAUGAGGGGAUACUGAAAACUGACCAGAGUUUUUACAGAUCCUUGAACACAGUUGGAGUUAAAUAAUUAGAGACACAAAUGCUUCCCGUGUCUAACAUCCUCAUCUGGGCUGUGAUAAAAGGGCAUCUCUUCCAAAUUAUCAGCGCCAUGAUAGUGGAUUUUUGGGUUUCUCUUUAUUUCAAAUUUCCUACCACACUUCAAAGCCUUUGGCUGCUCCUUGCUACAUUUAUUGUUUAGGUACACAGCUCACUUAUACAUAUGAGUAUGUAUACAUACAUUAAUAUACUAAAGCACUAUUAAUGUGCCACCUCUUAUUUUACUCGCUCAGCAUUUAUAUUAAAUGAUCUCUACUUAGAAUCAGCAAAAUAUUUGUUUUUAUUUUUGUUGUUUGAUUUGUUUUCUGUCCACUGGUUGCCAACACAGACUUUAUCCUUUCCCAGACGAAGGACUUCUGUGCGCAUUGAUGUGUGUUCACUUAAUCUUUUGUGUUCAAACAAAGAUGUUCUUUAUAGACUAUGCUUCCGAAGAAGACAAAAUUCUGUACCUUUGGAAAACUUACAGAGACGUUUUGUGUGUGCUAGAUUAUAUUGUAGAAAAUGUACCCUGAGUUUUUUGUUCCAUUUUUUUCCCCUCGAAGUGUGCUGUACUGGGUGAUAGUGUUCAGCUAUUAGAAAAGUGUCGUGGGGGUUCUCCUGCCCCUGCUCCCCAAGAGGAGAUACAGGAAAGUCUCUGAUAAAAGGUUGGCCUUAAAUCCUCUUUCAUGCUCCUCUUCUUUGUCUUGCUUUAGGAGAAUGAGCUUUAAAAGAUCUAAAUUAACACUGAAUUGGCAUGAUUCGGAGCGAUCAGACGACCCAUAGUGGAAUUUCCCCCUUUUGACUAUGUCAUAUGAAACGGCAACAAUGCAAGUCUUUGAAGUUUUGAAGCUAAAUUUGUCUUUUUUUUAAAAUCAAUUUUAAGGAUAUGUUGUUGACCUAGCUGGGUUUGUAGUUUUUUUUCCUUCUCUUUUUUUUUGUUAAUUUCUGCAAUAGUGGAGUGAAUUAACUGACUUGCAAGUCUUACAUUACUCUGAUGCAUUGCCUGACCUGAUGUGGAGUCAACAGCUAGACCAGUAUUUGAGUGACGUUCACAAAUUAGUGUAUUUUCUUUCCUAUGACAGCUAUUGACAAAUAAUCGGCCCUAAAAAACUGAACUCUGCUGUUAUAAUUCUGUGAAUUUUCAACAUUUAAUUGUGUUAAUUCAAUACUAUGUUCAUUUUCUCUGAAUGAAAGUCAACCAAAAGUUUCGUUAUGCUGACUCUACCUGAGGGGUCACUGCAGGUCGCAAUGGGCUUUAAACACCUUUAGCUUAGCUGAACUGACGUAUAAUAACGUAUGGGGUGGUUUACUAUACAGUAAAUAGCAAAGAUGUUCAUUUCAAUCUUUUGCGUGUUUUUGUUUCUGAGUGGAACUGCUGCCUCUAGCCCUCAUUUGUAUAACCAGAUAACCCCUCCACCUCCACCCUUGACCACUGAACUCUGUUACUGCUGUUUGAGGCUCACAUUUUAUUCCCUGACUUUCUGGGGAAAUCGCAAAUGGCUAUUUUAUAUGAUUACUCCCUUGUAAAAUAUCUCUUAAAUUAAGGUACAGGUUUGAUUUCAGCAAGAAAAAAGAAGUUUUUAUAUGUAUAUUAUACUCCAUUAAGGAAUGUCUAGAAUUAUCUUCCUCCAAUGUGGAUGUAGCCAUUAUUACGCCAUUUUAUGACUUUGUAAGAGAAUUCACUGUGUGAAAAUUGGUUUGCAUUUUUGUAUAAUACAAUCUGCUUUUUUUUUCGUUUGAUACGAGAGGGAGGUCAAACUGGAAGUUUGAAGAGAGAAAAAAAUGAACCUGUGAAAUUGAGGAAACAAAGUGUAACUUAUGUACAACAGUGAUUCUAAGCUGAGGGGAAAGAUUAAAUGAUAUUGCUAACUCAGAA